AUGGCAGCUGAAGGACCUAUCGCUUCAUUCCCAAUGGAUAAAGUGGUAAUUUGAUGCUCUUAACUGUAAUAUCAGACAAAGUAGUAUGCCUUGCAGGCCGCCGAGGAGGAAAUCGCUCUUUUGGUCCGCAAACCAGGAUUCGACGAGCUUACACCGUCUGAUAUUCUUCGACACAUGAAUGUAACACCAGGGAGCAGAAAAAUACAAAUAUGUAUUCGUUUUCAGAAUCGCUUCAACAUUAAUUUCGACUCGUUCAAGAUGCAAAUUAAGAGAAUGGUCAUGGAGGAAAUUAAGAAGAGAAAUGAAGAGAACGGAAGCUCGGAUAGCUCGAGUGAAGACGAAAACGACAGCGACAGUGAUAGUAGUGACGAUGAGAAAAGGUCGAAGCCCGAAGAGAAAAUCGCAACUGUCGAUACAGUAGAGGAGGAGACGAAGAAUAACGUGAAGGUCAAUGAAGUUCCUAAAAGCAACGCGGAUACUUCUGAUUCGGACGAUGGUAUUGUGGAUGAUGAGCCAAAAAAGAAAAGAGGCAGAAAAAGUGCCGCGCAACUGGUUGGAGACAUGAUCUCGAAUGUGAAGUCAUCUAGACGCGCGGCAGCCUCCAAUGCUAUAAAACAGAUUCGUAACACUUCGGCUGGUGGCAGAUUCCAAUCGUCGAAGAACAAGAAACCGAAAGAUCCGAACGAGGACAACUCGGGACGAUUUGGCAGAAUGACGAAGCUGUGCUACAUCAGUCCAGAACUGCAACAGGUGACCGGCGACCAGUACAUGAAGCGUUGCGACGUCGUCAAGUCCUUGUGGGAUUACAUCAAAGAGAACGAUCUGAAAGAUCCAAAAGCCAAACAGUUUGUUCUUUGCAACGACGUUCUCGAGUCGAUUUUCAAGAAGAAACGCGUGAAGGGCUUCGGAAUGGUCAAAUAUCUAACGAGACACAUCAUCGGACCGAGCGACAUGCCCGCUGAUAUUAGAGCUGAAAGCGAGCGCGAGAUGGAGAAGCGCAAGGCCGCUUGGCUGGUGGGUCAUUCAAAUUGAGAUUCUCGAAGAGUUGUUUCUUUUUAGGCCAGAAAGCGGCAGCGUGAGGAAGCAGAGAUGGCUGACGAUGCCGCUGGCGACGGCCCUUCAACAAAGAAAUCGAAAGAAGAAGUCGAGGACGAUGACGACGACGACAAUGAUGACAAUGAGGAAGGACAGUCGUCGGACAGCGACUAA